UGACUAUGGAGGAGAUUUUGAAGAUAAAGAUUUUCGUGAUCAUAGUUGGCAUGUACUGUAACGGCUGCAGAGAUAAAGUAAUGAAGAUACUGAAAAAAAUUGAUGGUGUGUACACUGUUAAAAUGGAAGAAGGAUCAAACAGUGUUACCAUAGGUGGGGAUGUGGAUCCUGCAGUGGUGAUUGCAAAAUUAGGAAAGCGUGGCAAGAAAGCCCAACUAGCAGCUGCAGCAGGUUCUCUUGCCAGUAACAAAGAUGAUGCCAGUGGUGUUAGCAGUACGGUGGGGAAGCAAACGAAAAUGGUACAGCAACUCCAACCGCAGCCUCCACCGCAACUACCCAAAGCUGGAGAUCUGCCACCGCUUCAGAAAUCUCCACAGCAGGUGAUGAAGGCUCCCCAAUCCACUUCUACUAUACCUUUCCCCUGUCCUUCCGUGCCCACACUUCAAAAAAGUUCUGAGCCUGCCACAGAUCGUGGUGCUGCGGGCAGCAGCAAUGGCGUUAGUAGUGAGAUAGAGAAACAAAUGAAAAAGGUACGGCAGCUGCUACUACCGCAGCCACUGCCACCCAAAGGCGAAGAUCUCCCAUUGCUUCAGAAAUCUCCAGAGUGGGUGAUGAAGGCUCCCCAAUGCACUUCUUCUGGUGUAGGUGCUCCCAACCCAAACCCAGCCCAAGAGUCUCUCAAACUCGACUUGCCUGGGGAUUGUGGAAGGACCAAGCCCAUCCCCUGUCCAUCCAUGCCCCCACUUCGAAAACGUUUUGUGCCCGCCACUGAUUGUGGUGCUGCGGGUCAGACUCUGAUUGGGAAUGGAUCACAGCAUGCUAGCGGUAUCACCAUUGGAGCUUCGGGGGGUGGUGGUUCGGUUCCAGUAGCGAGUACAGCUCAGGGGCAAAUUCCGAUGGGCAAAAGGGCUCAAAUGAGAAAUAUCCCUAUGGCCUGCGUUCCUCCUCCCCCACCAGCCCUACCACCAUCUAGUGGCGGUUGUGCAAAGCGUCUGGGAGAUUCUGCCGGAAACCCUCACCUGCCUAAAGCAGGAGAUAUGGGUCCUAAAGGGGAAGAAGGCAAAGGCAGUGGACACUUCCAAGGAGUGUAUGGCAUUGGGUGGUAUAACCAAGAAGUGGCCACACCUCCCCAUGUUUAUGAUGUGCCUCCUCUGGAAGCUUCGUCUUUCUCCAACAGCCAUCCUCUCUACCAUAAACCAGAUCCUUACUAUUCAUAUUUUAGUGAUGAGAACGCUACUAAUUGUUAUGUUAUGUGAACGAUCUCAUCAUGAAGUUUGUAUUUGCUGGUUUGAUGAACAUGUUUUGUGUGUGUGAGUGUGUGUUUCUGCUUUUAUCUUAUAUGUUGGAUCAUUUAGCCUGAAUAAUGCUAGCUUGUUAUUAAUGGAAAAUGAAACUCAUUGAAUACUGAAGAUGUUGAAUGUGGGUUUAGGUGUUAUUUGCUGCUUAGAAAUUUAAUAUACCUCCACAUCAGAUGUUUUCAGGCAAAUAGUGGAUAAAGGCAUGGUUUAUAAUUCAACAAGCUAAGGGUGGUUAUUCUAUUAGAGGAUCUAGCCAGCUGUUGAUUACUAAUGGGUUCUAGAAGGGUAGUAAUAGCAUGUUUUGCUUGAUUACUACCAGUGACCUAUCAGAUGUCCUUGGUUUAAAUUUCUUAUCACUAUAUAUUCAAGUAGUGUGGUUGACCACUUGAGUAUGAUCAUGUCGGUUUGCUUUAAUAUAGGUGAAACCACAAGCUAAACUAUAUGAUUAAGAUGAUGAUUCUAUGUGGUACAGUGGUAGAUACUAGGUUAUAGGAACUCAACCAGUAACUUCAUAGCUUCAAAAUCGACACAGUUCAUUUACUGAAUUACUACGUUUGAGUACAAUAAAGACCAUUUGUUAAACUACUAUAUAUGGUCUCUGGUGACAUUAUGGUUUUAUUUGGUGUGCAUUAGUUAGCUAGAGUCGCACCAAACAAGGGGUUUUAGUUGCAAUACAAGCUGAAGGUUCAGUCUGUACAAGGAAUGAAACACGGAUAGAGUGAAAUUUAACCAUCUAACAUAACAAUCUAAUGUCAUAUAGAGAAUGCACGAGUAUCAAUUUGUUUCAGGAGAAUGUAAUAUUCAUACUCCGUACCUAGUAUGUCGUAGAGUUUUUGCCACUUUCCAUCCACGACUAUUUUCCCACAAGCUAAAUAUUCAUGCAUAUGCAAAAUAAGACAAAAACUCUUCAACCCCAACAAUACUUUCUUCAUUAAGUACACAGUAUAAUUAAAUUUAUAACUCUCCAUUUUUCAAUAAAGAUACUCGAAAUGUCUAGACAUUUUAAAGUAGUUCCAUCACAAAUAUAUUAUCAAGUACUCUUAGCUUGGAUGGUUUGAGGCCACAUGCACAGAAGAUGAGUAGUGAGUGUAAAAUGUGAUUUCAAUUUGGACUUUAAUGGUUUUCUUGAUUAAAAUUGAUCCCUUUAAAAGUUUAACUACUUUGGUCGGGUUUUCAUUGGUGAGAAAAACAAUAAGUGUAUAUUGUAGAUGAGUUUUCUUUUAUAACAAGAGCAUUUGACGCAUGACUGCCAAAAGUUUCUGAACUUCAAAAUAUCAUCUUGAUGCCAAAAAUGCCAUUUUAUCCACAACAUAAAAAUUACUACGUAAAUAUGUAUGCCACCGUGAACAAAAAUGGAACACAACAUUGGCAGUUUUAUUCACAAUAUUUGGCAUUUUUUUUGGAAUAAACGCCAUGGUGAGUUCAUAAUCAGAUUUCCCAAAAUUUGAAAAAUCAAAAUCUUCCAAAUCCAAAAUUUCACUAAUUUGGGGGGAAGAAAU